UCAAAUCUUGUUGAUUUCACGUCGUUUUCUUUCAAAUCUUCCAUUUCUGAACCGAUUAAUCUUCUUCUUCAUCGUUGAUUGAUAUUCCGCACAAUCAAUUUCGGAGAAAAUGGCGAAGAAUGGGAGAAAAUUGAGAAACCGGAGCUUAACACCUGAAGAUGAUGGAUCUGCUGUAAACGCUCAUCGCGAUUCAGAUAUGGUUGAAGAACCUGAGGUCAUGAUGACGAAAUCACAGCAUAUCGUGAGAUCUGGGAAAUCUGGAGGGAUAGAACCGAUGCCGAAGCUUGGUGAAUCCUUCGAUAGUAUACACAGUCCAUUCUACCUCCAUUCCUCGGAUCAUCCAGGUUUGGCUAUUGUUGCUCAUAACCUAGAUGGCACUAAUUACAACAGUUGGUCGAUUGCAAUGAGGAUUAGUCUCGAUGCGAAAAAUAAGCUGAGUUUUGUAGAUGGAUCCUUACCAAGACCUUCUGAGAAUGAUAAUUGCUUUAAGAUCUGGUCUAGAUGCAACAGUUUAGUGAAAUCUUGGAUUCUGAAUGUUGUGAGCAAGGAGAUAUAUGAUAGUAUAUUAUACUAUCCUGAUGCGAUGGAGAUGUGGGAUGAUUUGUUUGUCAGAUUCAAAGUUAACAAUCUGCCUCGGAAAUAUCAGUUGGAACAAGCUGUAAUGACACUCAAACAAGGUUCUCUUGACCUUUCUGCUUACUACACUAAGAAAAAAACAUUGUGGGAGCAGCUCUCUAACACAAGGAACCGUAUUGUGAAGAAGUGUGAUUGCGAUCAGGUCAAAGAACUUUUAGAGGAAGCUGAAACCAGUCGUGUUAUUCAGUUCCUGAUGGGGUUAAAUGACAAUUUCAACAACAUAAGGGGACAGAUUCUUAACAUGAAACCGCGACCAAGUCUCACAGAAAUAUAUAACAUGUUGGAUCAGGAUGAAAGUCAAAGGGUAGUCGGCUUCACUGAAAAAUCUAUUCCCAACCAUUCUGCAUUUCAGACUCAAGCAACUAUUCCAGAAGAGUCGAACAUCUUAAUGGCACAAGGGAAUAUUCAGAAGCCAAAAUGCUCCCACUGCUCUCGUCUUGGACAUACUGUUGAUAAGUGUUACAAGCUGCAUGGAUUUCCACCUGGUCAUCCCAAGAACAAGAAGAACUCUUCUGUUGGCAGCACGAAUUUGGCAACCUCAAACCAAGUUCAAAACCAUGUUGAAAUGGCUUUCGACGAAGGGAAAGAGAACAUGUCGAAUGAUCAACUUCAACAAAUGAUAUCGUACUUAAGCACUAAGCUACAAUCUGCAAGCAUCACGUCGUGCCCUGAUAAAGCUGUGGCUUCAACUUCAAACUCUGUUCCAAAUAUCUCACAGAUAUCUGGCUCUUACUCAGGAGUUGAUGAUUGGUCGAGGUAGUCAAGUUGCCAACUUAUAUGUUCUGAAUUUAGAUAAAUCGAUUGUUCGUUUAUCUAGUUCUACUAUUCCAGGUACCACUAUCUGUUCUGUUUCUAAAGUCAGUCCUAUCAUAUGGCAUAAACGAUUAGGUCAUCCUUCUAUGACCAAGAUAUAUUCUCUUACUGAUGUAUUGCAUUUACC